CAAGAAGCAACUGCAGCUUGUCACAACUGCGAAUUUCUUUCUUUUGAACUUAAAGAUUUUCUUUAAUUUAACUUAACAAAAAAAGAACUUCCUCUUAACAAUUAAACGAAAUCAAUAUUACAACCACAUCAAAAACAAAUAUAAACUAACUCAUGGUAUCGUUUAAUAAUUGAAAUUUGUAAUGCAAAAAGAUUCGGAUUCAGAAAAUGUGCCACAAAAGCGAAUUAUUUCCAAGGACCACCAAUAUCAAUCGAAUAACCAUGCAGACUAUGCCUUCCCCACCAUAUUCAAUUCCCGACCCGCAAAAUCCUUGGCUAACAUGGAAAUGGCCGUGAAGAAAUCAGUUGCGGAGCACUCUUCGACAAAGCCCGAGAUGAACGGUCAGUAUAGUUGGACGAAUAAUGUGGACUUUCCCAAUCGACAGAGCACGAACAGUGGCGGCAGCGUGGUAAAAAGUUCUGUCACCGCCAACGAUAUGGAUUCAGUUGAGGGGCCGAAAACUUUCAACUCACGUACUUUCGAACGUUUUGUUCCCGAUGAAAAUUCACAUCGGGGAUCAGGACCAGCUCCAGGACCAAGUAGCAGCAAUUCCAACCGGAAUAAGAAAAUAACCCCCUUUAUGAUGCUCUUGAGUGAAGAUAUGCGAAUAUCGAAAAUACUCCGAAGAUUGCUCGACGAAAACACCAGCGCCAGUGCGUUGGAAUUGUGCGGUAAACUGGAGACGGCCGUGAGGAACCAAUCGAACAUGCAGUACAUUUGUCGGUCAUUCGACACUCUGGCCGAACAAAUCAUCAUCAUACUGAAACAAGCUCCUGUGCCGUGUCUAAGGCAGAUGGCUAUGAUUUUUGGAUUAAUGGGCUAUGUCAAUCGAGGAGACUUUCCAGUCUAUAAGAAUUACAUUGUGAAGAAUUACGCCUCGAGCAGAAGCAUUCAAAAGUAUUUGAUGUUAUCGCUGAAGACCAUUUUCAGCUGUGAUGCAAUCAACAAAGACCUAUCCGUCUACAGCGAACGCAUGCUAAUCAUCCUCAAAGAAUACCUCGAAAAUGCCGAUCUUGUUGACAAUUUCAUGGCAGUAAGCGAUACAAUUGUCGAAUUCUCCAAACACUACAAACGUUCCUUCGAAAAACACUUCACCGACAUUGUGGAUAUAAUCGUCGGCUGGCAUUUGGAAACUGAACAAUCACAAUCCCUCAAACACUACUGCUCCACUGUGCUCCAGAGUCUCUCGGAGUACUUUGUAAAAAAAUUAGAUUUCACUUUUGGUUUGCUGGGACAAUUUCUCGAAGAUAUUCAAGCAGCAUGCGACGAUAUUAAUUCCCUGAACAAAUCUCCCCUGGCAAGUCCCGAACUGAGCGUUGGGGCAUUUGUUGGAGCAUUCAAUUCCAUCAUGAAAUCUUUGGCCACUCCAAAGGAAUUCAUUGCCUUUACCGUGGGAAAAAAUCUCCUAAAAACCGCCGUCAUUGUUAUUACCUCUGCGGCGAAGCAAAGUCUGAAGAACAGUUCAUGCGGAGAAACAGUCUACUCGGUGAAUGAGUUCUUCACGUUGAUCUUUAGCAAUUACAACAAAAUGGAGGACCCAAUGCUCAUCGAAAACAUUGAGGACAUUAUUCAAAUCGAAAUAAACAACAUGGACAGAUUUGAUGUUACUCUGGUCGGCAGUUUACUAUUUCUCGUCCUCACCAUAGUCAACCAACUGAAAGCAAAUACUCCAAUACACUUGGUUUCGACGCUCCUGAAAAUGGAUGGCAACUUUUUGACUCGCACCAAGCUCACUCAAAACGAUCGCAAUUUCAAGCUUCUGGUGAAGAUCUAUCAUGAAAUUUUGAUGAUUAAGAAUGUGCCACUUCUGCUCGAGGCCUAUCGUCAUAUUCUGAUGGACAUGGAGGUGUCCAUUGAUUCGAUGAGCACAGAAGAAAAUGGUCUUCCACGAGUGUAUACCUUACCGCAGGCGGAGUCUGUUCUGACAUUCUAUUUCUCCGCGUUGGCAAAUCUUGCCACACAGACCUCCUCGAUAAUUGGGAUGUACGCUCUGAAUCCAUCGAUUCUGGAACUACUCAUAACCAACUGCCAAUCAACCAACAUGAAAAUCUGGUCAACCAAUCCAACUCUUCAUACGGCUUUGAUAAGCCUCCUGGCGGCUCACUGCCAGAAGAACCACAACUAUCGAAUGUCCAGUCGUUUGCUGACGGAAAAUUUAUUUGCGAAGCUGUCUCUGGAUGAAUCCAGUCCCACGUCGGAAAAUUUCAGCCGAAUUUUGCAGUUUUUGGCUGAGGUCCUAACCCAAGCUGGUCAUCUCUCCGAGACCAAUCUGAAAAUCAUUCUAAGUUGGGUGAACAACCUGCUGAAGGAGUGCAAAGAAAGCGCACACCUCCUAAAAGAUCACCAACCUUUCAUUGAGAUUUGUGAUUCCCUCUGCACGACAUCGAUUCUGCAGCCAGUCGAGUGUGCUGAAUGCAUAGCGACUCUGCAAACCUAUGACACCCUAAAAUCAAGAACCCUAAUGCUGAUCAGAGGAGCCUCGAUUAGCCACCUGCAGUCGACAAACGCUCGUGUAAGGGAGACCUACUGUGGAGUUUUUGGCCGUCUGCCUCUUAAUGUGUCUCUUCUCAACCCCGAUCAAGACUUGGGAGUCUUCGAGCUGAAACACACAAAAGCUAGUGAAUUGCAGCAAUGGUACAUAUCCACCGCGUUUACUGCUGGCCUCAAGGAGCGAUACUUUCCGGAGUUCAUAGACAAAGUCUCACUCAACAGCGAGUGCACGACGACGAUUGAUAGAUUCAUAAAAGACAUCUUUCCAAAGUGCUGGGUAGCAGAACUUCGUGAAAAAGCAUCUGACUACUUUCGAACAUGUCUGGGCAAUCAGAAUAUGCUCAUUUCAUGGAUCCAAUGGGAAGCAGCGAGAUAUUGUGUGAAGAACAAGCUAAGAACCAAGCUGGGAAAGCCUCAGGACACGUUCUUGAAAAUUGAAUCGAUCAUCAUGAAGUAUGCCCGAGUUUUGGCUUUGAAAGACUCCUCCAAGGUCCAGAGCGAUGCUGAGUUAAUUGCCAACGAGAAACACGCUAGGAUCCUUCUAGGAUUCUUGGAAUGCUUGGAAAAGUGCAUUUACAACGCGGCAGAGGGAACUGCCUUCGCUCUUCAGGCGCAAGAAAAGCCGGCCAAGACGUUCUUCCGUGUGAAUACGCCCACCUGCAAAGAGUGGUUCAAUCGCAUCCGCACGGCAGUCAAUCUCAUAGCCAUUCACUGCAUGGAACCGCAGAUGGUUGUUCGCUAUUCCGAAACCAUGCUGCGGAGUCUCGUCACAUCAGGCAAGACCAGUGACACGAUUUUCGACCACACCGUAAUGUCUCUGGUCUGGGCUCUGCUCAAAUGUAAGGAACCCGACUCCCUGCAGGGUUUGUACGUUUGGAUAAAGAUGAAAACAGGCAAACGCUAUCAAUGGAUCAAGUACGCAUCUGAACACGCUUCUGGACGUCGAGAGGUCGCAGCCGAUGGUUAUGCGAGUGUGCUGGCCAGUGACGAGAAGAUCGACAGUCACGUCCGGGAGUUCUUGGGCGAUCAAAUGUUCGACUGUCUGUAUUUUACAAAUCAGUGGGUUCGGCUGAGGAAUCAUUUGGGCGAUGUGCAGUCUGAAAAGCGAGAUACUCUGCCGGUCUUCGGCAUAAGUCCCAACCAGUUGGAGGUCAUGGAGAACUUGUACCACGACUACAACGCAGACAUCUCGGUGCUGGAGCUCUCCAAAUGGGAGAACCUCGAAACGAAGCCCAAAGAACUCUCCUCGAAUUUCUCUUGCUACAAGGUGUUGAGUUCCCUGCGGAGUACGCUCACUGCGUCGACUUUAAGUGGGGACGGAAGUGAUUUGGCCGUUUGCUCGAAGCUCAUCAAAGCUGGAUUGCAGGAGAGCAUGCAGAAGCAAUACAGUGAGCAUUUACACGACUUUACCAUUUUAAAUCAUGUGGCGUGCAAGUUGCAGGACAAGAACGACGCAUGCGACACUUUCGACGCAUACUUGGCCACCGAAGAUUCGGCCACCCUCACCAAGUGUGUCAACUGGGCACAGUUCUUUGCCCGCAAACAAGGAAGUGACAUCAAGCACAGCAUGUAUUUGAAUGUGGCUUCAGUGGCCCGAAAGGACGGGAAUCAUAAGCUAUGUCGUUCGGAGUUGGAACGGUUCUUCCAAGUUAAAGGCGUGGGUAAGAAUAUCGACGAACUUUUCACGAGUGUUCUGCAAAAUGAAAUCAAACUUGACAUUGGCGAUACGGAGAUCUUGAGGGGCUUCAGUGAGAUGUCGAAGUGCAUGUACACGAAUGUCGAGCGGCAAGGUGAUGCUGUGGCAUUGGCGUCUGCCUGUUGUCUGCAAGUAAUCGAGCAGGUUUCGACACAAAAAGCGACGCAAUAUCCCGAGACUGUGUCUCGAAUGUUGCUUACUCUGAGCGAAUGGCUACCCCAGCAGUUUUCCGAUGAAUUUUUACUCGAUGACAAGAACGGCGGCAAUAGUCAACAACACUUGAGGAAUCUUCUCAUCAGUGUUCCGGAUAUUUCGGGUCAUCCCGAUGAAGAUUUCAAUGAAAUCAUUCCGCCAAUCGAUAUGGCUGUUGGGAAACUCAUCCAAGCUAGUGUCCUGCAAUGUGACUACUCCGGAAGAUCAUGGUCAGCAUUUGGCAAUUGGUGUUACAGGUGGGGUAAGAAACUGGUCGAGGCUAAGACCGAAGACAAUUGUGACAAGGCUGGUUUGUCUCAGCGAGACAUUGAACUCAUCAAAGAAUUUAUUGCAAAUAUAACCGACGAUGACGUUGCCGCUAUUGUCCAAGUUCUGGACAAACAUCAAGUCACAGCCACAGAAGACGAGGACAUAGAAGCCAACGAAAUCAGUUCCACCGAAUUGAUUGAGAAUCAGCUGAGGAAGAUUCCAAUCCUCAAGGAGAAGCCAGUGACUGCUAUAAUGUCGAUCAUUCAGAUUUGGAGGCAGGCUCACAAGAGCGUCUACGUUUACUACGAGAUGGCAGCAGAGGCUUAUUUCAAGUACCUCAGUUUGUCGUCGAGUCAUGAUGCCAAGUCAGGCGAUUGUUCGUUGGUUACGGCGACUCUGCGACUAUUGCGUUUGGUGGUCAAGCAUGCCUUCGGCCUGCAAGAAGUCCUCGAGGAAGGUCUUAGUUACACUCCGACGCGACCAUGGAAAGUUAUAGUUCCACAACUAUUCAGUCGCUUAAAUCAUCAUGAACCGUAUGUGAGGAAACGCGUCUCGGAGUUGCUCUGUCGCGUGGCAGAAGACACUCCUCACUUGAUUAUAUUCCCCGCUGUGGUAGGAGCAUUCCAAGAACACAAAAAAGACGAGAUAACCACAAACGAUGAGCUCAACCCACUCACCUAUUGUUUUAAUUCCUUGCUCACAACUCUAUCGAACCAGGCUGCCGAGACUGUGGAACAGGUGCAGUUGCUAGUUCGCGAGUUGAAACGCGUCACCCUCUUGUGGGAUGAAUUCUGGAUACACUCUCUCACGCAGUUGUACAACGAGUAUUCUCAUUUGUUCAACGCCCUGGAAUUGGAGGCCAAGAAACCCACGGCUAUGCAGAAUUAUUCCAGCCUCAAUGCGAAACACACCAUCCUUAUGACUCACAUCGCCGAUGAUCUCAAAAAAUUGUUUGCCGUCACCUCGAAGCCGGCAGAAACCAACUAUGAGCGCAAUUUCCAAGAAAAAUACUCAAACAUCAUUGAGACUACCAUCGAGGAGUUGAACAAACCUCUGAAUUUGGCCAAAGUCAAUGAAUCGUGGCAGAAGCUCAAACAACUGUACACAAUUUUCCAACAGCGUCUGCAAAAGAACUCGCAGUCAGCGCUCAAGAUGCUCGAUAUCAGUCCCGUGCUGGCUAACAUGCGGAAUACUGCCAUCUCCAUGCCAGGAGUCGAGACAACUGAAAACGAACCGAUCUUCAUUAAGGCCGUGGAUAACACAGUCUACAUCCUGCCAACUAAAACCAAACCCAAGAAGCUGGCAUUUUUCGGAAGCAAUGGCAAGAGGUACACGUACCUGUUCAAGGGCUUAGAAGAUCUUCAUUUAGACGAACGCAUCAUGCAGUUCCUGUCGAUAUCAAAUUCCAUGAUGGCUCGAACUAACACCAAUGUCUAUCGGGCUCACCAUUACUCGGUGAUUCCCCUGGGUCCACAAUCCGGUUUGAUCAGUUGGGUCGAUGGUGUCACUCCCCUUUUUGGAAUCUACAAGAAAUGGCAACAACGAGAAGCAGCCAGUAAGGAUCGAAAUGGAGUGUUGCUGAGACCCUCUGAAAUGUUCUACAGCAAAUUGAGUCCUCUGCUGGCAGAGAAGAAUAUCAAAGUUACAGACAGUCGCAAGACUUGGCCUCUAGCUACUCUACGUCAGGUCUUGGACGAACUCUCGAAAGAAACUCCUCGUGAUUUGCUUGCCAAGGAGUUGUGGUGUCACAGUGAUAAUUGUGCCACUUGGCGUGAGUCCAUUCGAAAGUAUUCUCUAUCGGUAGCUGUUACAUCGGUUAUUGGGUAUGUCAUUGGACUCGGUGACAGGCAUUUGGACAAUGUGUUGGUGAAAUUGACUACGGGCGAAAUUGUGCAUAUCGAUUAUAAUGUUUGUUUCGAGAAGGGGAAGACAUUGCGAGUACCAGAGAAGGUGCCAUUCCGGAUGACACCGAACUUGGAGGAAGCUCUUGGCGUUACCGGGACAGAGGGUGCAUUCCGCUUGGGUUGUGAGCAUGUACUUAAAACUCUGCGCAAAGAGAGAGAAACUCUACUUACUCUCUUGGAGGCUUUCGUCUACGAUCCACUUGUGGAUUGGGCUGUCGGGGACGAUGGAACAACUACAAGCUCCCGCUCGACAACAGCUUUAGCGGCCGCUGUUAAAAUUGCAGCCCUUAAAGCUUCAUCGGCCUUGAAUAGUGCCGAGGACUGCAAGAAGAAGAAAAAAACCGAAGAGUGCAAGAAAACCGAAACAGAAGUCACGAGGAAUACAAUAUUAGCUCGUUUCACCGAAAUCAAACCCUAUUGGACUCAAUAUAGGGAUGAAGUUAUUUACAAGCUUCAGCAAGUCUUAAACUCCCUUAAGGAUCUCGAAGACAAUCGAGAGAGUAUCCACCAAGCUGAAAUGGAACGUGACGCCUUAACCAAGCAACUGGCAAUGAUCCGAGAGCUUGAGACUCUGGGAAGCGCUAUGGGAAGUCAUGCUCUGAACACCAUCUCCCAACGAUACAGUACAUACAAAAAGGCUGCAGAUGAAUUUUCUGCCGUCAAAGCAAACAUAACCGAUUACCAAAAAGACCUGAAAGCUACCACGACCUUGUAUUUCCAUACUCUUCUUGGUGCUACUGGUCUGGGAGAACUGAAUUCCCUGCGUCGAGUCAUACAAUGCACCAAGCCCACCAAUGAAUUUGACAUUGUCAAAGAACUCUUGGAAAAUAGUGCUCAGAAUGUUUUGUAUGGAAAGUCCGACUUUGCCCGCAAGGAAAUGGACAACACUUUGCAACAACAGGGAAAAGCCGCCUUCAUUUGUACCGAUGCUAUAAAUCAGUAUGUUCAAGUUAUGCGGUUUUAUCCCCAUUCAAAGUUGCGAAAAUCUCGAUUGGUCAAGUACGAGAGAUUGUAUCGUGACCUGUUGGAAGGACACAAGGAACCAGCUCAGAUUAAAGAUGAAUUGCAUACUCUGGCAAGUGAACAACUUGCUUUACGGAGAUCUCCAGUGUUUGUCGAUUUGGUUGUGGGAUAUGCCACCAAGCUGGAGCAAAUGUGGAUCGAGGCCAAUUUUACACUUAGAACGUUCAAUAUUCCAAGCGAACAGAAUGUAGUUGCGGAACAACAAGAGAACUUAAACGAGAAUAGAAAUCUAUUUUUAAGCAUAGGCAUUGAUGCCUUGCACUCCCUGCGAUUCGCCACUCUGAAGCACAUCGUUCAAUCCAACAGCGAAAUGUUCUUGUUCGAGACCUCGACUGUGGACGUCCUGGACUACCAAAUCAACUACAUACAAUACCUGCAGAGUUCGCAGUACAUCUUUGAGUUAUCCCCUGAUGUUUUGAACUUGCUUACGUCCGUUGAGACAGCCUUCUUGGCCAUCAGGUCCCUCAGAUUGGCUUCCAAUUGCAAGAUACCUUCGCUGAUAGUUGAACUCUUUAUGAUUAAUGACGAUGAAGAUUUACUAGCGAUCAUCGGAAAUGUGCUUGGUGCCAAUGGAAACCCACCAGAUCUGUGCUUCAAAAAAGAAAUGAGCGGUCUGAAGAAAUCCAGUUUGAAUUACGUUCUAAGCGAGAUCCAGCGCUGCUUCGAAAGCUGCCAGAAGACAUUGAAUGAAGCCAGGAAGACCGUUUCCAUGGCCACUAACUGGGAACAGUUUUUAUCAGCUCAAGUUAACAAUAAUUUCCAGAAAGUAGUCUCAGAACUACUUAACCCGGGACCGGAUUAUCUAGAGCAAAACAAGAUGUUGGCUCUUUUGCAAGUUUUCUCCGCAGCCAAACAACAAACAGAAUCUCUCUGCAACAGUCAUGUGGAUAAUCUUUAUGAUGUGAGAGCGAUUGGACAGCCCAUUAGGGCAUUAAUCAACGGGAUUCAAGAGAAAGUCAUAAAUGGCUUGACUUCCCUAGUUGGAGCUCUAGUAAUUGAGGAUCUUAACUCCAGGUAUCUGAAUAGCUUUCCAGACAUCUACAGUCUUGAAAAUCACCUUCACAAUGCCAAAGACCUCGCCGAGAGGAUGUUUGUUUUCCAUCAGCGUAAAUGUAGCUUGGGAGUGAUGCAGACCCAAUUGGAUUUGCAACUUGAGAUUGUAGAGCAUUUGACUUUGAUAGCCUCCGCGCACUUUUGGGCAAAUGAGUUGCAUCUGCGAACACAUACGACACCCUUUGGGCAUAUCAUCCCGAGGGAUAAGCUUUUGGCCACAAUGCAAAGCAGCAGACAGAGUCUUUCGGUGUGGAAAAUUACAAUGGAAAAGAUUCAAGCUGAAAUUGAUGAGAAUACUUGUGCCAUAAUUCCGCGACUCAAGUGGGCAGCGGGAGCCAAUCCGAAUAUGAAAAGUGUUAAAGACCAAUUCGAGGAAAUGUCCAGCAUUCAAAUGGAGAAAUUUAGAGCUCAUACGAGUCUCUCGAAUACACUGAUGGAGUUUACAGGGGUGAUAGUUCAAUUUGAGCUCUUCCGAGCUGAGAACAAGGAGAUGGACAGCAUGUUCUUGGAUGCAGUUUCGCAGUGGGAGGAGACUAAUACCGCCGAGAGGCGAGUAGCCUCUUUGAUAACCCCGACAGAGCAAUCGAUUGUCCAGCUCCUCGACCCAGAGGGUACUGUCGAUCAGUGCUGGAUCGACAAUAUAUCGGGGCUCCUAGAUGAGAUGACGUAUGGAGUACACAGGCAAAUCGCCGAUCUAGAGAAGUGUGCUCAGAAUAUUCAAGAACAAGUGUUUUGCUGUUCCAGUGAUCUGCAAUCCUUGAUGGAUACUCAACUUAGGGUUGAUAUCCGCCAACUGCUCAAGCUCUUCUCAAAGGUGGACAGUGAGAGUCAGAGCACUGCUCGGGUACGGGAGUUCCAGUACAUCUACAGGCAAUUCUUUGCCCAACUGAAUGAUCUCAACAUGAAAAUCCUGUGCAGGGACUUUGCUGAGGCUAAUGUCCGGCAAAUGUUCGAGCAAGCUAACGAUUUAAUACGAGACGUCGAACAGAAUCACACAGAUCUUAUUGACCUUGUAGAAGAUUUCCAUACCGACUCCAUGGACCGCCGGAAUGUUGGUGGCCCCAUACAAAAUGAUCCAAAGAAAGGUAACCAACGCGAACAAAAACGCAAUGCAUACGCCGUUUCGGUAUGGAAGAGAAUACGCAUGAAGCUGGAGGGCAGAGAUCCCGAUCCGAAUCGUCGCUGCACGAUUUCCGAACAAGUUGACUAUAUGAUACGUGAGGCAACGAAUCCCGACAAUCUGGCUGUUUUGUACGAAGGCUGGACCCCUUGGGUCUGAAACAAGUCUACAUGCAUUUAGGACCUUGAGUUGUCCUGGGGCUCAUCUUCAAUGGAACCAUAUAAAAUAACAACAACAACAAAAAAGAACAAUCAAAGAAACAAUUAGCCGAAUAUUUAUAAACAACAAAAGUUUGGAAGCACUCCAAAGAAAAACAACAAAAAAAAAACAAAAAAAUCUGAUUCAAAAAUUACUCAAAAACAAACCAAACAACGCGGGAACACCGUGCCACCGCCUACGCAUCCCACAUAGAGAGUCUCUCUCGUCGUCCCUUAAUUGCAAGCCAAUCGCCAUUCAAUUAUAUCGUAGCAAUGGAUCAAGGAGUGGCAUGUUAAUUUUGUUAAAACAUAAACAUAAAAUAAAACGUGUCCUACUACCUAAUCCGAUAUAAAUAGUGCUUGAGAUCUGAGAUGUAAUCAAAAUGGAAUUCGGCGCGUGCAGAUAUCGAAGGUAAAUCAUCUGCAUAUGGGCUUGAAUUCUAUUCUAACCGGAGUUUCCUAAUGGAGGCGCCACACUGCAGCCGGUGUCUCUCCUAAGGUGCGAAGGUGGACGGAAAUAUUUUGGAAAAAAAUCUCUUUUUUUCUCUUUAUUUAUAAUAAUUAGUAGCUCUUUAUAAUUUGUUUCUUUAUUACUUUAAAAAAAAAUCAAAACAAGAAAAUUCAAAUAAAAUGAAAAGAAAAAUUAUUUAUUUUUCUGUUCGUAUACAAAAAGA